UAUGACUUUGUGAGGCAGCUUAGAAGCCGUAUUGACAAUACACUUACACCGUUGAUCGACAAGAAGUUAGAGCGACUUGAUGGAAGGGAGGGGGACAGGAACAACACCCUUCCAGUGAUAACUGAGGAGAUUAUAGCAUCACCAGAGUGAGUAACAGUUAAUACACUGAAGGAAUACAUUGAAAUCUUUAUACAAUGCUGGAGGACAGCUGUAUCAUAAAGCAUUUCUAUUAUUUUAUCUAGUCUCAUGGCAGAUUUAGGGAUGGGCUGAGGGGACUGCAGCCACCCUUUUUUCUUUGAAAUUUUGUAUUAUUUUUACUGAAUUCCGUCUCAGAGAAAUAAAGCUUAUCUAGAAUGGAGUUUUCAAGUGUCCCGCCACCCCUUUCUGAAUUUUCUGGAUCUGCCACUGAGUCUUUCCAUGACCAUGAUAGAACCAGGGAGGGUUAAUUGAAUACUAGGACAUUGGAUAAAAGUUUAGCGGGAUAAUUGUGUGUAUUACUGUAAGAAAAUAUUUAUUAUUAUGAUCUGAUAUAAUGCAGAGUUUUUACUUUCUAAUUCUUGGUACAUAUAUGAUGGCAUAAAAUAUCUAGGCUGUGUUCUAGCAUUACAUUGCUUAUUUUGCUCCUGGGCAAUUUGAAAAUCUUAGUUUUCCAUAAAAACCAUAUCCCAGGCACCUUUGAUUUCUCAGGUUCAGGGAAAUGAGUUCCCUUCAAUUAUUCUUAUGGCACAGCCUUGCAUAUUAAGUAUGAUCUUUUUUGCACUUAAAAGUUCUACCUGCUCAUACAGUGUAUACCUUGAGAUAUUGUCUGAACAUUUUAAUGGACUUUUCUUUCAAGGCUAAAGAAACUAGUACUGAUCUUACUACUACAAAGAUGAAUAUACAUGUAUGUCUAUCACAGUUAAUAGCCAGUCCACGUUGUAAAGAUAGUAUUUUCAUUUUGUCUUUUUAUGCUUGCUGCACUGGUCACUGUUGACCACCCUCUUACCCUUGCAGGUUUAUCAAUCUCCAGCAGUCAAUAUUAGCAGAUACAAAGGAUGCUGUGAAUGCACUGGUAUAAUUCCUUACAAAUACUUUUAAUUAAAAAUGUUACCAGUAGUCUAAAAUGGUCUUCCUAAUCUUCAUAGCCAAGGUCAUACAGGUGUACAGUUUUCAACCACCUAAUUUCUGCAGAAUUAAAGACCUGAAAAUAGAAAGUUCUCAUGAAAAUUAGCAAUGCAAAAUUUAAUAACUGAUAGUUUAUCCUCUGUGCAUUUUGUAUAUGUACACUUUGAGCUAUCAUACAUUGUAUGUUCAAUAAAGAAGAAGCAUACUUCUUGAGUUGUUUGAAACAUGGCUAUCAAUAGUACUGCAUGUAACCCAGUUCUUGACAAAUUCUUAAGAGUUUCUUUGAAUGUGAUAUUUUCUGACAAAUCAUCUUGUCCAUUUCUCAGCCAUUUUUGGUAAAAUUACAUUUUGUAAUAACUAGUAAUACUAAAAAGAAGCAUGUAAUCACCUGUGAUAACUUAAUGUAACUUUUAUUUUGAUUUUCAGAUCCAAACCUUUUCUCAGAAUCCUCGCCUUCGUUUAUCUGACUAUGAGCUCACAGAAAACAGGGGCCGAAUGGCACCUUUCAGGUUAUCACUGGAUUCAAGUGAUGAAGAUUCAUCCAUGUCAUCUUCAUUUGGACAGGUAUAACUGGAGCAAAGUAUUGAUAAGUUGGUUACUUAUAAAUCAUUCUCUUUGAAGGUGAAGGUGCCUUUUACAAGGUCUAAGAGAUCACAUGGUCCCCUUUUUCAUCGCAGCCUGCCCAGUCAAAAUGGUUUAUGUAACAGUGGGAAGGAUAACCAGGGUACCACAUGACAAAAGCCAAAAUGCAUGUGGUUUCUCUAAUAUUGUUAAACGGUAGUGUCGAUAAGGUGGCAAUAUUCCAUUAGUCUGAAAUGACAUCCCCCCCCCUCCCCCCUCCUUAACAGGCUGCUGCAAGUGGGGGUAGGGUGAAGGGAUGACUGAAAAUUUAGACUAAUAUUCUACUGGAAACAGCAAAAUUGCUGGCUACUCACUCAUUAAUUUGUUAAUGGGCCACUUUUUGAACCUGGAAAAUGGUUCGCCCUUGUUGUACAUCAGUUUAAAUUAUGAUAAUAUUGUUGUUAUUUAUAUUAUUUGCUAUAUUUGAUUUCUUAUCCUUAAUUUUUCUUGAACUCUUGAAUUUUUUCCCUUUUCUGGGGUCAACUACAUUGGGACCUUGAGUUUGUUUGUUUGCCUCUGUAAUUUGCUUAUUAUUUUUUUGUACACUUAAUGGAAGCCUCUACUAAUUUUAAUUAAUAAGAAAAUAUUCGAUAAUUAAGUAAAUGCAAACCAGCCUAUAUCAAUCAAUAAACAAAGGACACAUGCAAGUACAUGAAAUAUGUUUCAUUGUCCUACACGUACUUUGUACCAUGGUAUAUUUUUCCUCUUUGGUUUUUUAGACUGGGUUUAUGUUUAACAUGACACCUGAGAAGUUUAGUGAGAUUGCAGAGAAUCUUGAUCCUGUUAAACCACUGCAGGUGAGUCAAGCCUUAUGA